UCUCUCUCUCUCUCUCUCUCUCUCUCUCUCUCUCUCUCUCUCUCUCUCCACUCAAAAAUACAACAGAAAACCAAGAGGCAAAAAGAAAUAAGGAUGGUUGCAGUUGAGAAAUUCCAAAAGUACCCGACAAAGGCAGAGGUUGUGGAGGAGCUACAAAGAACAACAAACAUAGGCUUCCCAAUUGCAGCUAUGAGUUUAAUGGGCUACCUCAAAAACAUGGUUUUGGUAAUUUGCUUGGGAAAGAUAGGAAGCUUAGAGCUUGCUGGUGGAGCUUUAGCCAUCGGCUUCACUAACAUCACUGGUUACUCUGUCUUAUCUGGUUUAGCCAUGGGUAUGGAACCUCUUUGUAGCCAAGCUUUUGGUUCUAAAAACUUCAACUUAGCUUUUCUCACUUUACAAGGAACAAUUCUCAUCUUGCUAUUUUCUUCUGUUCCACUUGCUUUGCUGUGGUUUAACCUCGAACCUCUCAUGCUAAUCAUCCAUCAAAACCCUGAUAUAACAAGAAUAGCUAGCUUAUAUUGCCGUUUUGCCAUCCCUGAUCUUAUUGCUAAUAGUCUUCUUCAUCCUCUACGUAUUUUCUUACGCAGUCAAGGCAUAACUUGGCCGUUGAUGUGGUCUACUUUUCUCGCUAUCGUUCUUCACAUCCCAAUCACAAUCUUCUUCACUUUCUCUCUUUCACUGGGAGUCAAAGGGUUAGCGAUUUCAACUUACCUCACCAAUUUCAUCACCAUUUUCUUUCUCUUAGUCUACGCUGUGUUCCCUAUGCGUUCCAGUAUGACUAAGAAUCAUCAUGAUCAUAUUCAUCAUCAUCACUCAAAUUUACAAACACCAUUUUUGGUGCCUGGCCAAUCCAAGAGAAGUAGUACUAGUGUUAGCAUUAAUAGUGGUAGUAGUAGUAGUACAUCAAUAUUGGGAGAGGAAUGGCGGAUGCUGAUUCGAUUAUCCAUACAGAGUUGCUUAGCAGUGUGUUUAGAAUGGUGGUGGUACGAGUUGAUGACAAUUUUAGCUGGUUAUUUACCAAACCCUCGAGUAGCGUUGGCUACGUCCGCCAUAGUAAUACAAACAACAUCCCUAAUGUAUACGAUACCGACGGCACUCAGUGCGUCGGUAUCGACACGUGUAGGGAACGAGCUCGGUGCAGGGCGGCCGGAGAAAGCUCGGUUGGCGACAAUGGUAGCCAUAGGAUUGGCAGUGGUGAGUUCCUUACUUGGUUUGACUUUGACCACCUUGGGAAGAGAGCCAUGGGGGAGGAUCUUCACAGAAGAUGGUGAGGUGUUGAAACUCACAAUGAAUGUUUUGCCUAUAAUUGGUGUGUGUGAGCUAGCCAAUUGUCCACAAACAACAAGUUGUGGGAUACUGAGAGGGAGUGCUAGGCCGGGGAUUGGGGUGGGCAUCAACUUGUAUUCCUUUUACUUGGUGGGUGCGCCUGUGGCUAUAAUAUUGGCGUUUGUGUUGAGGCUAGGUUUUGUGGGUCUUUGUUAUGGGCUUCUAGCUGCUCAAAUGGCAUGUGUGGUGCUGAUAUUGACAGUUGUUUUCAAGACAGAUUGGGAAAGAGAAUCGGUGAAAGCCAAAGACUUGGUGGCAGUGGCAAAAACAACAAAGACUACUUCUAGUACUACCAGUACUACUACUACUACUACUUCUACUACUACUUGCGAUGGAUUUGCACAUGCUCAUGACCUACCAAUCAAAUGUGAUUUAGAACAAGGCACUGGUGGUGAUCAUCUUCCCACUUCUCACUGAAAAUUGAUUAGAGAGAGACAAAAAUUUGAGAUCAUCACCAUCAUCUUUUUUAUUGAUAUUAUAACUGAAAAAGAUGGAUAUCAAUUUGGAUGUGCAACUGAACAAAUAAUUCAAGUUAUGUAUAUUUAAAUUAAUAUAUAUAUAUAUA